CUGCUGCUGCUCCCCGCGGCUUUAAAAGGCGAUCGGCGCAGGGGGCCAGGUCACCUCGUCGCGCCCUUGAGACGCCAUGGCUCCCCUCCUCCUCCUGCUCAUCGCCGCCACGGCCCUCGGGCCCGCGGCAGCCAACCUGCGCACCUUCGCGGGGCAGCAGGUGCUGCGGAUUGUGCCCAUGUCGGAGAGCCACGUGAAGGUGCUGCAGCAGCUGGAGAGCGACGAGUCGCUGCAGCUGGAUUUCUGGAGGCCCGCGUCGCGCGUGGGCCUCCCUGCGGACGUGCGCGUCCCCGUGGAGGCCCAGGAGGUCGUGGCCCGGACCCUGCAGGGGGCUGGGCUAUCCCCCCAGGUCAUGAUCCCCGACAUCGAGUUGCUCACGAAAGCGGAGCGUGCUGAGAUGGCAGCGGCCCGCAGGGCGCAGUCGCCGGCCGCUCGCAGCACCGACACGUUCAACUACGAGAGCUACCACGUCCUGCCCGAGAUCAACACGUGGAUGCAGGACAUGGUGCGCGAGUACCCAAGCCUCGUGAGCCUCAUCAACAUCGGAUCCACGUACGAGAAUCGCGGCAUCCCCGUGCUCAAGAUCGGCGCUGGUGGUGGUUCCAAGCCGGCCAUCUUUGUGGCCACAGGCAUUCACGCUCGCGAGUGGAUCACCGUGGCGACGGGCAUCUGGAUCGCCAAGAAGCUCGUGACCGAGUAUGGACAAGACUCGGCCAUCACCUCUCUGCUCAACACCAUGGACUGGUACUUUGAGAUCGUCGCCAACCCCGACGGCUACGUGUACACCCACGAGCGCGACCGCAUGUGGCGCAAGACGCGCUCCCAGUACUCUGGAAACUCCUGCGUGGGAACCGACCCCAACCGUAACUUCGCCGCUGGAUUUGGAGGCCCGGGCUCCAGCAGCAGCUCGUGCACGGAGACGUACCGCGGGCCGAGCGCGCACUCCGAGUCCGAGGUGCAGGCCAUCGUGAACUUCGUGCAGGCUCACCCUGAGAUCGCUAGCUUCAUCGACGUCCACUCCUACUCGCAGAUGCUCAUCUUCCCCUUCGGAUACAAGAACGAGCUGGCGCCGGACCACACCGAGCUGAACAACCUGGCUAAGUCGGCGGUGACUGCCCUCACCUCCCUGUACAACACCAAGUACACGUACGGUCCGAUCAUCACCACCAUCUACCAGGCGAGCGGUGGCUCCAUCGACUGGACCUACGAAGCCGCCAAAGUCCGCUACUCGUACUGCUUCGAGCUGCGCGACACGGGCCGCUACGGCUUCAUCCUCCCCGCCAACCAGAUCCUGCCGACGGCGCAGGAGACCUGGCUCGCCAUCAAGGUGAUUGCCGAGCACGUGCGCGACAGCUCGUGAGGGAGGCGCGCCGAGAGGGGGACGGUCACGCGGAAGAAGCCGUGAUGACGUUACCAGUUCACGUGUCGCCUGUGCCGUCGCACUGUGACGCUUGUGCCGUCGCACUGUGACGCUUGUGCCGCCGCACUGUGACGCGAUCCCCCCAUGGGUCGUGACACCGUGACCCCUGUUGUAAAAUCGAAAUAAAACUGGCACAUUUAUUUGA